AUGCCAGUGCCGCCGCGAGUGGACAGCCAUUCCAUGGCGAAUCCAACCUGCCACAUCGAAACCUCCCACGGUGUGAUGGUGGCCGAGAUUUUUCUGGAUCGGGUCCCUGUCACGGCCUCGAAUUUCAUUGAUUUGGCCCGGCAGGGCUUUUUCGAGGGGCUCCAUUUUCACCGGGUGAUUUCGGACUUCAUGAUCCAGACAGGAUGUCCUUUCUCCAAGGCUCCAGAUCCAUUCAGCAAGAGUGCUGGAAGCGGUGGCCCCUGUGACGGGAGAAAUUUCCGGGGCGGAUGGAGAAUUUGUUCGGUUUGA